CAUGUCGGCGCUCGGCCCCCCCAGCAGCGGCGACGCCUGCCUCAGCAUCGUCCACAGCCUGAUGCUACACCGCCGCGGCGGCGAGAACGAGGGCUUCGCUAAGCGCGCUAUCGAGAGCCUCGUUAAGAAGCUAAAGGAGAAGAAGGACGAGCUGGACUCGCUCAUCACCGCCGUCACCUCCAGCGGCCUCCACCCCAGCAAGUGCGUCACCAUCCAGAGGACGCUGGACGGACGGCUGCAGGUCGCCGGCAGGAAGGGUUUCCCUCACGUCAUCUACGCCCGUCUCUUCCGUUGGCCGGACCUGCACAAGAACGAGCUGAAACACGUCAAGUUCUGCCGCUUCGCCUUCGACCUGAAGUACGACGCCGUGUGUGUGAACCCGUACCACUACGAGAGGACGCCGUCGCCCGCGUCCUCGCACCUGGACAUGCCCUCAGGUCCUCAGACUCUCAUCAAGGAGGAGUUCAUGCAGGACUGUCUCCAGCUGGACCUGCCGCCCCACGCAGACCCGUACCAGCCCCGGCCCGUCCUGUAUCCCAGCAUGCCCCUGUCCCCCCCAGGACGGAGCUCCAUGACGCCUCUGAGGACGGUGGGACCCAACGAGGCUCCGGAGGGUCCUGGACUCCUGCAGAUCGCCCUGUCCCAGGGCCAGGGGGUCCCCGGGGUCCAGGGGAUCCAGGGGGGCCCCGGGGUCCAGGGGAUCCCUGGGGGCCCCGGGGGACGGGCAUCCCCACCCAUCACCCCCCACCCUCCCACUCCCACGUCUCCACAUCCGCAGAGCCCCGAGUACAACUGCCCGUCCAAACCUGGCACCUGGCCAGGUAACAGCCCUGCCCCCUACAGCCCCGCCCCCUACAGCUCCAGCCCCGCCCCCUACAGCUCCAGCCCCGCCCCCUACAGCCCAAGCCCCGCCCCCUUUAGCCCCGCCCCCUACAGCCCAGCAGGACAGCAGCCCGGUGGGCGGAGCCACGCGCAGCAGCCGUCGUUACAUCAUCACCACCACGGCCCCAACACGCACUUCUGGUCCCAGCAUCACACCACGGCUCCGUUUCCUCAACCAGUUUCCAACCAUCCAGGUCCAGAGUUCUGGUGCUCCGUCUCCUACUUCGAGCUGGACGUCCAGGUCGGUGAGAUGUUCAAGGUCCAGUCGUCGGUUCCGCUGGUGACGGUGGACGGAUACGUGGACCCGUCCGGGGGGGACCGGUUCUGUCUGGGCCAGCUGAGCAACGUGCACCGGACCGCCGCCAGCCACCGGGCCAGGCUCCACAUCGGUCGGGGGGUCCAGCUGGAGUGUCGGGGCGAGGGAGACGUCUGGAUGCGUUGCCUUAGCGACCACUCGGUGUUCGUGCAGAGUCUAUACCUGGACCGGGAGGCGGGUCGGAACCCGGGGGACGGGGUCCACAAGAUCUACCCCGGGGCCCACAUCAAGGUGUUUGACCUGCGCCAGUGCCACCGGCAGAUGCAGCAGCAGGCGGCAGCAGCUCAGGCAGCGGUAGAGACUCAGGCCGCCGCCGUCGUCGGUGCGAUUCCCGGACCGAACAGCGUGGGAGGGAUCGCACCUGCCGUCAGCACCUGCCCGGCGGCCGGCCCCGGCGUGGACGACCUGCGGCGUCUCUGCAUCGUGCGUCUGAGCUUCGUGAAGGGUUGGGGGUGCGACUACCCGCGGCGCAGCAUCAAGGACACGCCCUGCUGGCUGGAGGUGCACCUGCACCGCGCGCUGCAGCUGCUGGACCAGGUGCUGCACGCGCUGCCGCCGCGCGACCUCGCGCUCUGACCACGCCCCCGCGCUCUGACCACGCCCCCGUCCAGCAGGCUCCUCCCACCAUGUAAGCCCCGCCCCUGGACCCACAGGCUCCUCCCACCCUGCAAGCCCCGCCCCCUGCGUCUCUGAAACAUUUCCUGUUUCCUGUCGGGUUCCGAUCCGACCUCAGACUGAAGAAGUGAAGCAUUCUGGGACAUUUUGGAUGAAGUUUUGGGGUCAAGUCGUGGGAGUGACAUCUGGCUCCGCCCCCUGGAGCAGCUGGCUCCGCCCACCCUGUCAAUCAAAGGUCGGCUGAAACGAGCAGCUUUACCUCCAUCACGUCUGCCGGAAUGAUCUGAUUGGUCGAAGCCUCAGCGCUGGAACCAGCUGGUACCAAAACCCCGGGUUCUGGUUCCUGGUCCUGGUCCUGGUUCUGGUCCUGGUUCUGGUCCAGGUUCUGGUUCUGGUCCUGGUCCUGGUCCUGGUCCUGGUCCUGGUCCAGGUCCUGGUCCUGGUCCUGGUCCUGGUCCUGGUUCUGGUCCUGGUUCUGGUCCAGGUUCUGGUCCUGGUCCUGGUUCUGGUCCUGGUUCUGGUCCUGGUUCUGGUCCAGGUUCUGGUUCUGGGGGGACGGCUGCAGGUUAUUUAUUUCUGUACCAAAGAUCCGCUGAUGUCGUGUCCUGUUGGCCUUGUGUUUCUGCUCUUUUUACCUCUUUAUUCUUUAUUCUCUUUUUUUACAGAAAAACUCUAUAUAAACAUCUGCUGUUUGUUCAGAUUAAAGUUUUAA